AGAGAAACAAGAACAAAGAGAUGGGAAAGGCUAAGAAGACACGGAAGUUUGCAGCUACCAAGCGUAUAAUAUCGAACAAGAGUCAACAGCUGAAGAAGAACCAAGAACAACAGAAGAGCCAGAAGGAUGAUCCAGAGCUGACCAGAAACGUGCCACAGGUGUCGAGUGCGCUGUUUUUCCAGUUUAACGAGGCCAUAAAACCCCCAUACCAGGUGCUGAUCGAUACCAACUUCAUCAAUUUCUCCAUCCAGAAGAAGAUCGACCUCGUCAGAGGAAUGAUGGACGCGUUGUAUGCGAAAUGUAUCCCACUGAUAACGGAUUGUGUCAUGGCGGAGUUGGAGAAGCUGGGCCCGAAAUACCGUAUAGCCCUCAGAUUGGCAAAGGACCCACGUAUACAGAGACUGAGCUGCUCACACAAGGGGACCUAUGCGGAUGACUGUCUUGUCCACAGGGUCAUACAGCACAAGUGCUUCAUAGUGGCCACGAACGAUGCGGACCUCAAACGUCGUCUGAGAAAGGUACCCGGCGUUCCAAUAAUGAGCGUGGGCGCACACUCAUAUGUAAUUGAACGACUCCCAGAUGUGUUCUAAGCACCUUCGAUGCUCAUUCAACGAUGCAUUUCCCCCAUAUUCCAGCCAAAAUUGUAGUUGAGUGAGUGUAAGUGUAAGUGCCCUGGGUGGUGUUGCCCCUACCAGUGGACUGGUGGAAAACACCCGAACACCACUCUCCACAUAGGGGCAGAGUGCCAAAGGACGCUGAUACGCUGAUGCAGUACAACUCAGACUG